AAUACUCAUCCUCUCACUAAUUUGAAAUCACAAUUCCCGUUUCAGAAAUCCAUUUUAUCUUUUCCUAAAUAGUCAUAUAAUUUCCGGAAUGUCAUACACCCUUUCUUAAAAACACCCAUCAAAAGGUAAUUUCCAUUUAAUUUCUCAAUUUACUAAACCGGAAAGAAUAGUACAGUUCAUGUACUAGUUGCAACAGAAAUUUAGAAAACGAAUCAAUUGCAUAGUUAACCGGGGUCACCUGUCUGGAAUCGCAGUUGGACAAUGGGAAGCCACGCGCUGAGUGAUCUCAUCGUGCCACGUGUCAUCAUGCGAUUUGCUCAGAGAUACGCGGCGUCUGGUUCUGUUGUACUGUAUCACGGUCUUCGGACAACUUUUUUAGUACCGGAAUUACCCCUGAUGCUUUAGCUUAUUUUCGGAAACUACUACCCCUGCAGUUCAAUUUAUGGAAAUAAAAAAACAAAACAAAAGGGGAAAGAUGAACUCGUGAGAUCUGAUUUCUUUUAUUUUCUUUUUUUUUUUUAAUUAAAAGAUUCUGCUAAACUCGUGAGAUCCUACAAAGCAGGAUUCGAAGAGAAGAACAUGUUUAUUCUCUCUCUCGCUAUAUAUAACGUUUCGGUUUUGCUGUCCUGUGACUGUCUCUCGUUUUGAUCUCCUCUCCUCUGUUCUCGCUGAGAUCUUUUCCAUGGCCGCAUUCUCUGUUUUCUUCUGACUUUUUUUAUGCGAUUUUUUAAAAAAAAAGUGGUGAAGGUUACGGCGAUGAUGAUGGAGAUGGCGGAUUGUACAGAUGCGAAGUGCACCGAGCACAGAACUGUCACCACAAAGUACGUAAAACAGUCGCAGGAGAAACUCGCCGGCGCAGGAGGAGUCCGGUCGGAGUCGAGGAUGGUUCGAGUCUCGGUGACCGAUCUCGACGCAACCGAUUCAUCCAGCGACGACGAGGAACCCCUGCAUCCGCGUCGUAGGGUGAAACGGUUCGUGAAAGAGAUCAGAGUCGAACCUGAUCGCAUCGGCAACGCCGUUUCCCUCCCGGUGAAGAGACGGAGGAGUUUGGCGGCGGAGGUUGCAGGUUCUGCCGGCGGCGGGAGAAAGCUCCGUGGAGUGAGGCAGAGGCCGUGGGGAAAGUGGGCGGCGGAGAUCAGGGAUCCCGAGCAGCGGCGGAGGAUUUGGCUCGGAACCUUCGACACGGCGGAGGAAGCCGCCAUGGUUUACGACAACGCCGCCAUUCAGCUCCGGGGAUCCGACGCUGUCACGAACUUCAUCCUACCUCCGACGAGGAGACGAGACAAAGCUUCAGAACUGGUCCCUGUCGUGUCCGUUCCGGAAAAACCGGAGACGAACACUUCACCGUCGAGCAGCGAACCAUCCGACGUGCCCGAUCGCUUCCCAUUUCCGUCUUCGGUUCUCGAUUUCGGACACAAUCAGAUCACUAAACCGGCCUCUAAACCGGUCACGAGUACACAAUUGGCCGAAGAACCAGAACAAAUCACAGAACCGGUCAGGAGUACGUAUUCGGCCAAAGACCCGGAACAGAUCACUAAACCGGUCAAACCGGAACUAUCGGAAUCGCCGUGCUACCAACCCGGAAACAGUAUAUCCAUCGACUCGGACGAUUCCUUGCCGUUGGACACUUCAUAUCUCGACAAAUUAUUCAACGAGUCGUCGGACAUUUCAACAUUCUACCAACCAAUUUCUGCGGCAAACGAUUUCUUCGCAGAUAUACUUAACGACGGAAUUACGAGAAUCGGAGGAUCCCAUCGGCUGCCGCAGUUUAAUUCCGGUGGUGGUAUCAACUAUUUCGAUUUUUCUUUCAAAGAUUUGGAAGAUUUACUGAUAAUGCCCCAAGCAGUAGGAGCAGCAUGAGAAAAUUAGACCGGCGAUGAGAAAUCGGUUCAGUUGUCCGGUCAGCGCAAUUUUGCUUGGAAGCUGUAAUUGGUGGGGUUUUUUUGGAUUUGAUGAUUUUUUUUUAAAUAAUAUAGUUUUUCAGAGCUGAUUGUAAAACCAG